AGCAAGACAGCCACGUUAAUGUGUCACUGAUUUAGAUUACCGUCAUUCUUUCACAGGUCCUUUACACAUCGUUCACCUCUCUUUCCUUGCAGUACAUAUUUAUUGGUAAUCAUACUCUCUUCUUCUUGCAUCUACAUCAAGACCACCAGCAAUAUACCAACAUGAAUGGUCUCCUCCUCCUAUUGUGCUGCGUAGAAGUCCUGGGUAUGGUAUCGUGUCAAGAUCAUGGUAGCACAUCAAGUCAUGAUCCUAAUACCCAAAACAGUUCUCUUCAAGAUACAGCCCAGGGUAAAGGUGAAGAUGAAACCCCUUCAAGUCAUUUCACCACCACAACCAGCAACAUGUCUGAAGCAACUAGCUUGAUGAGCACCAAGGCAUCUGCAGCAGUCUCCGUAGUCACCAAAAGUCACAGCACCUCAUCUUCAUCUGGCCUACACACAGGUGAACCAACCCACAACCAUCCCACUCCCACUCCCACACCUGGGUGGAUGUUUUACAGAAAGGAAUGUCUCCAAGUGUUCAUCGUGACUGGUGGACUGAUCAUAGGCUGUACUAUUCUGCUGGUGUGUACUUUGAUACUGACAUGCAGGGUGUGCCAGCUGAGCAGACACCUCAAGAUGCUCACCGAGGACGCUGACCUGAUCAGCAACUCCGAAUACUGGAUGGGAACUGCCAGGAAGAAUAAAAGCAAAUCAGAGACUGAAGCCAAAGAGACCAGCAUGUUAAUGGCUGACGUCAAUCAUGCACAGGAGGAUGUGGGGGAUGGUAUCACCAAGCAAGAAGCAGGGGAGGUAAACAAGGAUGGACAAACAGAAGAAGAAACCAAGAAGGAGGUGGGAGACACUGCCAACAGUGAGAAAGCUUCAGCAGAUGAGAGCAAGAAGGAUACACCUGUAACCGUCACUGAAAAUUCUUCCUCCGCAAAUCCGCAAGAGGAUGCCACUGAUUCCCAGGCCACCAAAGCCGAGGCUGCCUCCUCCUCUGAGGGUGCAGAGGCACCAAAGGAUGCAGUGUAGAGUUGUGUGGAUGUGUGUGCUAAAGAUUUUCCCAAGUGGCUGCUUUCACUUCUCUGUGGCUUCAGAACCACUUUAAAACAAAGCACACUUUUUUUUUUCAGCAGUCUUUGCUUAACGGUAGUUUGUGAUGCUAAAUCUGUCAGACUGAGCACUGAGCAUUUUAGGUUUAAAACAAUUGGUUGAUAGUGUAUUUCCAUCUAUUCUGUGUGUUUUGAAUAUUAACAUAUAUUAGUAUUGUAAUACACUUUUGUGUAGGUCAGUUUGUGUCGUGCACACUUUUGUUGUACAUUCAUUUGCAGCAUUUAUGACAAAAAACAUCAGAAUAAAAACACCCAGUGUAACCUCA